AUGUUCAUGACAGUAGCCAACGCAUUUGUCGUUCUCCUCCUCAUCACUGCCAUCUAUGCGGUUUUGGCUUGUAUGCUGUUCAAGAGUAGAGAUGAAGUUUUGUUCGGGAAGUUUUCCGCUGCUUUCUUCUCAAUGUUUCAGGUUUGCACUGGAGAUGGUUGGUCGACAGAUGUAGUUCGUCCCAUGUUUGGUGAAAGCGGAGUUGUAAGCGGCUACUUCUUGCUCAAUGUGGUGGUUGCGGUGCUGCUGGAUGAGUUUGCUUCUGCUGUUGAAACGGAGAAGAGAAGAAUGAAAGAGAAGAAGAACAUGUUAGACGUCGCAUCCGCUCCUCACUUUCUUGACCCUCUCCUGGAAUUUCUGGCACAAUAUCAAACUGAAAAGGAUCUAAAGGACAAGAUUCGGGUUGUAUUCGAUGUAACCAAUUCAUUUUUCUCCCUUCCCUCGCAUCUCAAAGGAUUGCUCUACCAGAUUCUUGAUGGCGAUGACAACGAAACCCUCACAUACGACAAGUUCGUUGAGGAUUGGGAGGAUCUCAUGGAAACUACACCACAGACUACAGGCAAGUCGGAGAUCUGCUGGAAGGACUUCGAGGGCGUCAUGCUCGGUCAACUCAAUGAGUUCGCAUGUCGACAAGCUGUUACAACUGGAAGUCAGCAAGAUAUCUCAGGCCAGGUCGUCAGAAGCAGAGAUCAGAAGAGAGAUCAGGAAGCUCACCAAGAGGGUGAUGCAUCAGCCUCGUCGUCCCCGGGCAAUAGUGAGCAAGCGACGCUUGACCUCGUCCAUCAGAAUGCUGUCAUGAUCGCUUUCGAACCAGACAUGAGCCAGAAGCAACUCUAUCUACAAGACAACGGGGAUGAUGAUGAAGACAAUCUCAAUGAGGACGAUGAUGACGACGAAGAUUGCGAGGGAAAUGGAGAGGAAAUUUUGUACGAGGCAGGAUGCGCGUAA